AUGACUGUCAUUUCACAGUCACUCAAAUCAGAACUGGAAUGCUACAAAAACAACUCCCUGUUAGCCCAGAGGAAAAAAAAAGAAAGAAAGUAAAGGGGAAAUUCAGAUUAGUCACAAAGAAGUUCCCCCGCCUGCCUGCAGAAGCUGCAGUGUUAAAACUGAGAGAGUGCGUUCUGCUCUUUCAAUCGCCUCUUAUCUCUGGUCCUGGGACCUCUGUGUAUUUUCUGAUUGAUAAGCUUUGUUUUCCCUUCAUCUCCUUCUUUGUGGAGAAGAGGUCAGUCCCCCUCAGGCUCCCCUUUACCACAGUUUUCAUCUUCCUUGCAUCCAAACUGUGAAGAUGGAAGGGGUCCAACCCCUGGAUGAGAAUGUGGGAAACACACCAGGGCGAAGAUUCCAGAAGAACAAGCUAUUGCUGGUGGCAGCCAUAAUUCAGGGGCUGGGAUUGCUCCUGUGUUUCACCUACAUCUGCCUGAACUUCUAUGCUUCCCAGGUGCCACCUCAGUAUCCUCCAAUUCAAAGUAUCAGAGUACAAUUUACCAGGUGUGAGAAUGAGAAGGGUUGCAUCAUCACAUCCCCAAACAAAGAUGAAACCAUGAAGGUGCAAGACAACUCAAUCAUCAUCAACUGUGAUGGGUUUUAUCUCAUCUCCCUGAAGGGCUACUUCUCUGAGGAGCUCAGCCUCAGUCUUUAUUACCGGAAGGGCCGGAAACCCCUCUUUUCCUUGAGCAAGGUCACAUCUGUUGACUCCAUUGGAGUGGCUUAUCUGGCUUUCAAGGACAAAGUCUACUUUAAUGUGACCUCUCACAGUACCUCCUACAAAGACAUUCAGGUGAAUGGUGGGGAAUUGAUUCUCAUUCAUCAAAAUCCUGGUGGAUUCUGUGCCUACUGAGGACCCGAGGGCUGCACCUAAGUCAGGCACCCAGCAUGAACACUGAACUGGGGUUGGACAAGACUCUGAUUCUUCCUUGGGAGUGGAGAAAUUGUCCUAGCUUAGCCCCUAAAAAUGGCCACACGGGAUGUGACCAGAAGCAAAUCCCCCAACUCAGGGAUAUUUAAAACUUAUAUUACAUACCAAUUAACUUUAUUUAUCCUCAUGUCUUCUAAAUCACCUACUCCUCAUCCCUCAUGGUUGCCUCAAGCCUACUAAGCACCUCUACAAGAAUGAGAAAAUAGGUGCCUCUUCCUUAAGGCACAUUAUUUCUAUUGGUCAGGAAAUUGUCAUAAUAAACUUUCUUUAUUGAAAAAGACACUUCACUGCCGUUUGCUGGAAAUUUGACAUCUGGCUUUGUCAAAAUGAAGAGGACCAAGGAAGGGGCUAUGAAUCUGCCAAAGGUGGUGUGGACUAACCCUUGGCAGCCAAAACUGUCUCUCCAAGAUGAAAUUAGUUGCUGUUUGUGUAGUGUCUAAAUACCUCUCUCAUUUGGUGGAGUUCAAAAGGAAGAUCAUCUUGAGAACAGCUGUCAGGACUUGAAGACAGCCAGCUAAGGAAUACUUUGUGCUCUGGGCUUUCUUUUUCUUUACCACUUUGCUUGCUUUCCCAGCCUCCAAUGUUCUUAAUAGAAAUUUCCCUUCAAAGAAUCAUCCUGGGGAUGUGAUGCUGUGAAAAAUCUAAACAGUAAUUUCAGGAAAACAGAGAGGUUUUUCUAAACCGGGAGAGUGAGAUAAUUUAUUGUGAGGGUUAUCUUUAUGGCAUGGAAGAGCAGUGAAACUGGACAUCUCAUGGUAAAAGUCAGUAAGAAUUUAAAUAGUCUGGGAAGGAAAACACAUUAUUUGCCACUGCUAGGCAAAGCAACGCAUGUGCAUUUUCCCUCUUAUGCUGAGAUACACAUUCAGCCCUAUUUCUUGUACAUGUAUACCACAUUGCUAGCUUAAAAAAUGAAGCAAUUCUAUUCUUGAAUACAACUUUAGGCCAAGACACUGAGAAGUUAUUAUAUGAAAAAUAAUAUCUGUCUAGAAACACCAUAAAAUUGCAUAUGAUCUAAUACUGAUAAGUGACUAGAAUGAUCAAUAAUCAGCAAUACCAAUAAGGAAAAAGAUCCCUUUGUUUUUAGUUUAAAUAUCCCUCUUGAUGCAUCAGGCUUAUGGCACUGUGGACAAAUACCCAGAUGAUUUGUAAGUUCUCAAAUUUUUGAUAAAUUUUUUUAAUGGCAGCAAAUGGUUUCCUCUCAGUUUAAAUAGAGUGCAUAACACAACAUAGAAUCUUUCUGGAUGAUUCUGUGUCAUCACAGUGAUUGUACUGUGCUGCAGUACAGUGAUAGCUCCAGGAUCUCCAGAAAGGGGGAAGGCAGUUUGCCCCACACUAAAUUACAUUUGGAUAUUUUUCUAUUUAACACAGUUUUCCAACUCCUCUUAAGUGUUUAUUUAUCUCCAACUAUGUUCUUGUCCCUCUAUUUUAAUUUGUUAUGGAAAGAAGGUAAACAAAGGUGCAUCACGAAAAGAAGCUAAGUAAGAGGAAUUGUGCAUAAGGUAAGAGUAACCAAGCUCUGAGUGGUUGCCAAGGCGCUCACAUAAUCAUAAUCAUGAUCAUGAUCAUAAUCAUAGGUAAACAUUAAUGGAGGGUCUGCUGUGGACCAGGCGUUGGGCUAGAUGCUUUACAUGUAUUGUUCUGAGCAAGAUAUUCUGUGAUAUUUGUCCUGACUACUCAGAGGAUUUAAAUGUGUGUGUGUGUGUGUGUGUGUGUGUGUUUAUUUGUUAUUGACUAUGGUCUGCAAAGUUGAAGCUACUCAAUGGGUGAUAUCUAAUAAGUAAAUGUUUAUGACUAUAGAUAAUAUUUAAGAAAAUAUAUAUUUACUUUUUAAAGUUUGGAAUUUCUAACUAUAUUUCUCCUGAACAUGCACAUUCCUGGCCUCAGCAUAGUUGUUCUGUGGGUUGUCUUUCUUUGUUGUCAUGGUCCUUCUUCACAGAUGCCCACUCCCUUUGGGUACACAUAGUUUGCUCUUCCCAUGCUGGCUUCUUUUGGCCACGCAGGGAUUUUUUUUGUCAUGCACCAGCUUCACUCCCCUCCCCCCACUUCCACCCAUCAAAAUAUGCAUGUCCCCUUUAAGUCAUUCCUCCAGAAAGAGAAUUAAACCUUCUCCAGGCACAACAAAGUUUUGUGGAAAGAGAACUGAAUAAGAAGUCAAGAGAUUGAAAAUCUAAUUUGAUUCAGUCACUAACUAGCUAAGUGACCUUGGGCAAGUAAUUUCCCAUUUUUGGAUUCUGCUUUCCUCUCUUGUUAAGUGACUGUUUUAGAAUCUUAUGUUCAUAGUGCUAACUGUGAAUGUUCAUACUAAAUGUCUAGGUACUAGUUGCUGUGAGUCAAGUUGUAGAGCCUUCUCUU